AUGCAGCAUAAAGGCAUCAUGCUGAUUGUGUUCUUGCAGUAUUUUAUUUCUGGCCAUGGGGAAGCAGAUCCCAUGAGGCUACGAGCCUUUCGCUGUAAUGGCCGUUCUUGCAACCCUCCAGUGGGAAACCUCGCAACCGGGAGGACACCAGUCACCCUUACCACAUGUGGCCAGAACAGUACAGAACUGUACUGCUUCUACCCAGACCAGAAUCUCCUCCAUCAGGUCUCCCAAGGCUGUGGGCAGCCUCGCUGCACCAAAUGCAAUGCCAACCAGCCUGAUAACUCCCAUCUCCCCGCUGACAUGACAGAUGAUUUCUUUGCAAACCCCAUCUCCUGGUGGCAGUCUGCCCAAGGGGUACACAGAGAAGAAAUCAGAAUGGACUUUGAAACAGAGUUCUACCUGACCCAUGUCAUUGCUGUAUUCAAGUCACCUCGCCCAGCUGCAAUGGUGUUGGAAAGAUCCCAGGACUAUGGGAAGACUUGGAGGCCUUACAAGUAUUUCUCUGUCAACUGUACAGCAACUUUUGGGCUCCAGGAUGAUCUCAUUGAGGAGGGUUCCAUGUGCACUUCCAGGUAUUCAGAUGCAGUACCCUGCACCAGAGGAGAGGUGAUUUAUCGUGCCUUAAGUCCAGCUAACAAGAUUGAAGACCCCUAUAGUCUUGAGGCUCAAGAUCUCCUGAAGCUCACCAACCUCCGCCUCCUUUUGUUAAAUGAAUGCCCAUGCCAUGGUUCAGGGCUGGUAGAGAAACCUCAGAGAUUUGCCCACUAUGCUAUUUAUGACCUGAUCAUCCGGGGAAGCUGCUUUUGCAAUGGGCAUGCAGAGGAAUGCGAGCUGGCCAACAGGACGGGAGUCAUAGAGAACGUGGUCCACGGGAAGUGUGUGUGUAGGCACAAUACGGCGGGGGACCACUGUGAGAAGUGUGCAGCGCUAUACAACGAUCAGCCUUGGAAGCCAGGAGACGGAAAAACAGGGGCACCAAACGAAUGCAGAAAGUGUCGCUGUCACAACCACGCUGAUAGCUGCCACUUUGAUCUGAGCGUUUGGCUGGCGUCGGGAAAGCGCAGUGGUGGAGUCUGCGACAACUGCAAGCAUAACACAGAGGGACAUCGGUGUCAGAGGUGCAAACCGGGGUAUUACCGAGAUAGAGGGAAACCCAUGACUUCUAUAGAGGUCUGCAAACCUUGCGCCUGCCAGCCAAUGGGUUCUGCCAACGCAACUUUCAGCAGAAGCUGGCGAUGCCACCCCAAGACGGGAUUCUGCUACUGCAAGCCAGGUGUGGCGGGCCCCAACUGCGAUAGAUGUCUCAUGGGCUACUGGGGCUUUGGAGAAAAUGGCUGUCGCCCUUGUGACUGUGCCAGAGACUGCGACCAGCAUACUGGAAACUGUUUCAAUGGCUAUGACAAUGAGCCAUUCUUUAACAUCCCCAUUGGGGGACGAAUCCCUGACCUUGUGCAAACGCCAACCAACGAGAGUGAAGAGGAGUGGAAAUGGAAUGAUCAUGAGCAAGGAUUUUCUGCACUGAGGCACCCAGAAAAGUGUGUGUGCAAAGAAAAGGUUCUUGGAAGCGUCGCUGACUUCUGCCAAAUGAAAUAUGCUUAUGUGAUAAAAGCAAGAAUCCUAUCAGCUCAUGACAAAGGGACCCAUGCAGAAGUUGUUGUGAAAGUGAAGAAGGUCCUGAAAUCAGGCAAAGUGAAAAUUGCUCGGAGCAACAGAAGCAUAUACCCAGAAUCCUGGACCAACAGAGGAUGUACAUGUCCUAUUCUCAACCCUGGUACUGACUAUCUUAUAGCAGGCCAGGAAGACUCUAGGACCAGCAAACUCCUUGUGAACAUGAACAGCCUGGUGAAACCCUGGAAAGCAUAUCUGGGGAAACAAGUAUCAGAUAUUCUUCGAACUGGGUGCAAAUAA